AUGGUGUCGCCGCCUCUCCCCCCCGGCAGCAACAGCGCCGCCGCCGCCGCCGCCACGACGUCGGCGUCAUCCGCUUCUCCUUCGCCAUCUUCCUCCUCCGCUGCCUCCGCUUCCGCCGGCAAAAUGGGCGGCACGAGCGCCAACCCCUUGAAGCGAGUCGAUCUCGAUGGCCACGACCUCCCCCCUUCUCCCGCGCCUUCUAGCCCUCGCAACGGUCGCCGGCGCUACGCUCUCGCGACCGAACUGGUUUACACCGAGGGCAAGGACCAAUACGGCGCCUCCAGCAUCCCCAUCUACCAGUCUGCCACGUUCAAGCAGACUUCGGCCAACGGCGGCCAGCAAGAGUUCGAUUACACGCGGUCUGGCAAUCCCACUCGUACUCAUCUCGAGAGGCAUCUCGCCAAAAUCAUGAACGCCAACCGCGCUUUGGCCGUCAGCUCCGGCAUGGGUGCCCUCGAUGUCAUCACCCGCCUCCUUCGACCAGGCGAUGAAGUAAUCACGGGCGACGACCUAUACGGCGGCACCCAUCGCCUGCUCACGUACAUGGCGACCAACCAAGGUAUCAUCGUCCACCAUGUCGACACGACCAAUCCCGAGUCUGUUGCCAGCCGCAUCUCGGAGAAGACGGCCAUGGUUCUGCUUGAGACACCGACCAACCCCCUCAUCAAGAUUGUCGAUUUGUCGUCUAUCGCCCGCAUGGCCCACGAUGCCAACUCCAAGGCAUUGGUUGUCGUCGACAAUACCAUGCUGUCCCCCAUGCUGUGCAACCCUCUGGAUCUCGGCGCAGACAUUGUAUACGAGUCCGGCACCAAGUAUCUCUCGGGCCACCAUGACAUCAUGGCCGGCGUCAUUGCCUGCAAUGACGCUUCCGUCGGCGACAAGCUAUUCUUCACCAUCAAUUCCACUGGCUGCGGGCUCUCCCCCAACGACUCGUUCCUCCUCAUGAGGGGCGUCAAGACCCUUGCCAUUCGCAUGGAGAAGCAGCAGGCCAACGCCCAGGCUAUUGCUGAGUUUCUUGAGUCUCGUGGCUUCCGCGUCCGGUAUCCCGGCCUCAAGUCUCACCCUCAGUACGAUUUGCACUGGUCCAUCGCUCGAGGAGCGGGCGCGGUGCUUUCCUUUGAGACCGGAGAUGCGACGGUAUCGCAGCGAAUCGUGGAAGCAGCUCGGCUGUGGGCAAUCAGCGUUAGCUUCGGAUGUGUUAACAGCCUUAUCAGCAUGCCUUGCCAGAUGAGUCACGCGAGCAUAGACGCCAAGACGAGAAGGGAGCGCCAGAUGCCUGAGGACAUUAUAAGGCUCUGUGUCGGAAUCGAGGAUGCAAAUGACUUGAUCGAAGAUCUUUCUCGCGCGCUAGUGCAAGCGGGCGCUGUGACAGUCACGCUCGACGGAUUCCAUGCCACCGGCGCCGCCGAAGAGUUGGGUAAGACACCUUUAACGGUGGAUUAA